CAAAAAGAAAAAAACCAUACACAAGCAAUAGAUGAUUGUCUAUAAGUAGUGAGAUAAGGAGACAAUGAAACAUGAACUACUGCUAUUACAUAACAAAGAGAAGAUGGAGAAUAGUAAUUCCUAUGAAUAUAGUAGGAAGGUAAUGAAGGAUGUCUCUCUUAAGGAGCUUAGAGAUAGGCUUGCAGAAUUUGCCAGAGUUAGAGGUUGGGAUCAGUAUCACAGUCCUAGGAACCUUCUUCUCGCUUUGGUUGGAGAAGUGGGAGAGCUAUCAGAGAUAUUCCAGUGGAAAGGGGAAGUUGAAAGAGGACUACCUAAUUGGACAUCAGAUGAUAAGGAACAUUUGGAGGAGGAACUGUCUGAUGUUUUGCUAUAUCUAGUUCAGCUUGCUGAUGUUUGUGGACUUGAUUUAGGUCAAGCAGCUCUUACCAAGAUUCUCAAGAAUGCUCAAAAAUACCCUGUUACUAAACCUACUUAAUUCUCACAAAUACAAAUUUUAAUUUAUUGCCAAUUGUUGUAGGCAUCUUAGAAGGAACUUUGGAGCAGUGAUAAAGUUAUUUCCGUCGUAACCUAUAUGUCACAGGUUCGAGUCGUGGAAUUAGCCAUUAAUACUUGCAUUAGGGUAAACUGCCUAUAUUACAUCUCUUGAGGUGCGGCCUUUUCCAGCCCUGUGUGACUGUCGGAUUCUUUGUGGAGCAGGUUGUUCUUUUUAUUGGUUGUGUAUCUUAAUUAAGCUAGUGUCAUAUGUUUCUUUCUUGUGGGGUUUUCCCUUUUUGUUCUAGUUUCUCCUUUUUCCUUAUGUAUGAGGUAUCUUUGAGAGUUUGAAGGCAAGCGAACGAGAACGUGUUUGUAUAAGAACUUACGUUUUAUUUAUAGCUUGAAUAUGGUGUAUU